UCAUGGCCGCGUUAACAAAGCCAACAUAGAUGAAAGCUACAAAAGCUGUAAUGAGGGGACAGCUCAGGGAGAAUCAUCGUUAAAAAAAUAACUGUGUCUGUAAAAGAUGGAUCCACUAGCUCUAGCUGCAGCCGGCUAACAGAAACGAUCUCCUAGCAAAAAUCUAAGACUUUUCUCUCUCAAAAUACCUUCACUGGAAUUCAUCACUUAGGAAAUGCCUAUGUCCUUUAUUUGUCUCUUGUCUCCCACCCCCCUAAACCUUUCCCUCUCUAUAAUAUAUCAUCAUCUACCCUUCGUCUUCCUUGCUCACUAAGCGUUCCCACUAUUUCAAGUGAAAUUUUUAAAAUUUCUAUAUCAUGGAAUCAUCAAACCAACAUGAUGGAGACUCGAAGAGCUCAAGCGACGAAGAAAUUACCGAUCGAUCCUAUCAAGAUACAGGCACCGGCCGGUCCUAUGAGUGUGUUUUUUGCAAGAGAGGCUUUACUACUGCUCAGGCUUUGGGAGGACAUAUGAAUAUUCAUAGGAAAGAUAGAGCCAAGUCAAGGCCUAGCUCAGUUCCUUCCUUUUCAAGCAAAGUUGAUGAGGAUUUUCCCAGUUUUCGAGGCUACCCUCCCCUUCAAAGUUACCCAGCUCACUAUCCUACACCUCACGAGCAUUUGUAUCCAUUCGGAGAAGAUAUUUGGAGAGGGAGUCUAAGCCAGCAAAUCGAUCCAUCCCAUGUAGAUGAUAAUACCAAAGAAAAAAUAGAAGACGGCAGUGAAGCAGAUGAUGAUUUGGAUUUGGAGCUUAGACUUGGUCAUGAUCCAUAAUAUUCUAUCUAGGUAUUUCAACUUAAUUGCUGUGUUUAAUUUAUUGUAAAGCUGUGGAUUUUUCAAUGUUUCAAGCGAGUGCACAGCAUUUAUGAUGUUUAAUUAGUUUGCUUUAGUAAGUACUAGAUUUAUGGAAUAUAUGUUUGUGGCAAUUGAUGUACCUAGAAGACAUUUGUAGAGCUAGGGGGAAGGAAUGUUUUUCUUUCUCUGGUACCUCAAAGAAGGAUGAGGGGGAGUUACUGGCUCAUUCUAAGACCAUCAAUUGCAGGUUACUACUGAUGUUGAAGGUGGUUUUGUCUCUCCUUCAUUUAGUAUCCAAUAACCCUAGAUUCAUUUAGGGUUCUGUAAGAUUUCUUUGCUUCACAUGUGUUAUCAAUUUAAGAUGUAAUAUUUAAACAGUACUUAAUAAACUUUCGCAUUAUUUCAUGAA